AUGUUUCUAGAAGACAUACUCGAUUCUGGACCUGUCGGGGUCGACACAGAAAGAGGAUCUGGUGCUUUCGAGAAGGUUGUGCUUAGCGUCCAGGGCAUGACUUGCAGUGGAUGCGAAAAGAAACUCAUCAAAGCCUUUCGAAGGAUACCUACGAUUCGCAAUGAGAAGACAAGUCAGGUCUUGGCAAGAGCCGAGUACGAAAUUGAUAUAUCUGUAAUCUCGAUCGAUGAGUCUAUAUCCCAAUUGAAGCGGGUCACGAGUUACAGUUUUGAGCAGUUGGCCGACGACAUUGGGCAAGCCUUGGAGAUCUUGUCUGGACAUCCCGACGCGCUCAUGAAAGUCGGACAGUGUCCAGGAGUGCAGCUCGUGGAUCGACCCGACAAUAAUAAUCCACAACUGCUGCGAAUUUACUAUAACGCUGCUGAGGUCGGCGCAAGGGACCUCUUAGAGCACCGCCUGGCGGAUAUAAAGCCUAGGCUAGCUCCUCCUCAAGCUCACCCCUCUCUAAUAGCAGGAAAGAAACAAGUUCGCCGAGAUGGCGGGCUGUUCUUCAUUUCGGCUUUCCUCACCCUACCAGUGCUUGUAUUCUCAUGGGCGCCAAUACCUCAUAAAGGCUCUGUUGUGUAUCAGGUUGUCUCACUGGUUGCAGCAAGCUUGAUACAAGUUGGUGUGGCUUUCGAAUUCUAUCCAAGCGCCUUCAAAUCCCUAUUCCGGUCAAGGGUCAUCGAGAUGGAUCUCUUGAUAGUGUUGAGCACCACGGCAGCUUAUGCUUUCUCGGUGACUGCUUUCGCUUUCAUGGUCUCAGGGAAUGCAUUGGAGACUGGAACGUUCUUCGAAACAAGUACCCUUUUAGCUACGCUCAUCUUACUCGGACGUUUCAUCAGUGAGCUUGCACGGCAGAAAGCAACCGAGUCCAUAUCAAUAAGAUCACUCCAGACUCAGACUGCCAUUUUGAUUGACAAUGGAAACCGCAACGUCAUCCGAGUUGUUGACGCAAGACUACUCCAAUUCGGUGAUACGUUUCGGGUUAUGCCACAUUCUAGUGUCGUGACAGAUGGUAUUGUCGUAUACGGCGGUUCCGAAGUCAAUGAGUCUAUGGUAACAGGGGAGCCAAUACCAGUGGCGAAGGCAAAAGACUCCCACGUCCUUGCCGGUUCGAUGAAUGGAACGGGCAACCUUGAUGUGAAGCUGGUAAAUCUACCAGGACAGAACACAAUCAGUGCAAUAGCAGACAUGGUAGAUGCAGCCGAGCUUACAAAGCCCAGAUCCCAAGCUAUUGCAGAUACUGUCGCGGGAUACUUCGUUCCAGUAAUAGUUGCGAUCACGUUGAUUGUCUUUGUCACCUGGGUUCUAGUCGGUAUCCUUAUCCAGCACAUAUCUCACAAGAGCGCUGCCGUCAAUGCGCUGACCUAUGCGAUCGCUACAUUGAUCAUUUCUUGUCCCUGUGCGAUUGGGCUUGCAGUGCCCAUGGUUGUCGUUAUUGCAGGUGGCGUGGCUGCAAAGUAUGGAGUGGUAUUUAAGUCGCCGCAGACGAUCGAAAUCGCGCGUAAGACUACGGAUGUUGUUUUCGACAAGACUGGCACGUUGACUCAAGGACGAAUGAGCGUUGUUCGGCAGUUCUACCUUGGCUUUGAGAAGUCCAUGACAGAGGGCUUCCUGCUGGGAAUGACCCAGGACGCGAAGCAUCCUGUCUCGAUUGCGAUCGCGGAAGCUCUCGCAGCAAGCGGCGUCAAGCCCAACAGACUGGACUCCAUCGAUGUCAUACCUGGGUGUGGCAUUGAAGGUCGUGUCCAGGACUCUCAGAUACGUGCCGGUAACGCACGCUGGCUUCAUGUUGAAACCAACACUCACGUCCAAGCCAUGCUCCGUGAAGGAUUGACAACCUUCUGCGUCGAAUAUGAUCAAUAUCUGGUCGCAAUCUUCGGUCUGAGGGAUACUAUUCGUCCUGAAGCUCCCAGAGUGGUCCGAGAGCUGAAAGAGCGAGGUAUUAUGGUUCAUAUUCUUAGCGGAGAUGACGAUAUUGCUGUUCGACAUACAGCGACUGUUCUAAAUAUCGAUAGUGAAAAUGUUGUGGCAGGCGCAGGGCCUGCCGAUAAGCAGGCUUAUGUGCGUUCGCUCACGGAGAAAAAGCCUGGGUCAACGGUGAUUUUCUGUGGUGAUGGCACAAACGACGCAGUUGCUUUGGCACAAGCUACUCUGGGUAUACAUAUUAACUCUGGAUCAGCCACUGAAGUUGCUAAGUCCGCAGCGGAUGUGGUGCUUGUGCGCCCUGAUCUCCAAGGCGUAAUCACUGCUAUAGACAUUUCUCGCAGUGCGUUCCGUCGCAUUCUCUUCAAUUUUGGGUGGUCGGCGGUAUAUAACGUGUUUGCUAUUCUUCUGGCUGCGGGAGCAUUUGUUGCAGCUUUUGACAAGGCAAGGAUAAGACCAGAGUUUGCCGGUUUAGGAGAGAUUGCGAGUGUUCUCCCAGUGAUAGUGAUCGCGUUCACGAUGAAGUACUUCAACUACGGAAGAUGA